UUUAUUCUCCAUGCACAUAUUUUGAGUUGGUCUGGUGACAUUCCAGCAUUAGCUAAGGUUAUGUGCACAACUGGACAUAAUUCAUACAAAGCAUGCCGGUUUUGUUCAAUUUGUGGGACAUAUUGUCAGGAAAAUCGUCAUGUAUACUUUCCACUUAAACCUCCUGCUGGUACGUCAGAAAACCAAUAUGAUCCUAAAAAUCUUCCUUUAAGAACACAUGAAAGUUAUAUUGAUGAUAUUAAUGUUAUAAAAUAUGCAAAUGGAUCAUCACAUAAAAGAAAAGUACAGGAAAGGGGCGUGUACGAUCAAAGCAUUUUGUUUGAGCUUAAAUCAAUUAAAUUUCCAACUUCAUUUCCUGUUGACAUUAUGCAUGGUUUAUUUGAAAAUAUUGCACCAUCAAUGCUUUGGCAUUGGUCUGGUACUUUUUUUAAGGAGGAUCACAAUAAUAAUACAGAUUAUGUACUUUCUAAUAAAGUUUGGACAGAAAUUGGAAAUAUCAUGAAUAUAAAUAGGAAAAAUAUGCCACUUGAUUUUGGACGCCCACCUAUUGAUAUUCAACGACAUUCAGCUGCAUUUAAAGCAGAAGACUGGUCAAACUGGGUAAAUUUAUACUCACUUCCACUUUUGCAGAAUUAUCUUUCAGAAAGGUACUUAAAUGGAUGGGCAAAAUUUGUGCAUGCUGUAAAACUCUGUCUUAAACAAAAUAUCACUAUGACAGAAUUGGCAGUAAUUGAAAAAUUAUUUCUUGAAUUUGUCACACAUUAUGAAAGG